GAAAAAGGUUACUUGAAAAUGAAGGUGGUGCCCUUUUUCCUGAGCAGCUACUAGUGUUACAUCAUUUUUACACGCGGAUCACAUACACAUGCAUCGUCUUUCUCUGAGGAAGUAAUGUUUUGCUGCCAUUUAGUUCUUCAGAUCAUAGAAACCAUGUGCUGUAAAACACAUCUGAAUAAGACGGGCCGCGAUAGGUACAACCUAGACUAGUAUGGUUUUGAUGUAGCUGUGCCUCUUCUUGUUGCUCUCGGGGUGUUGAUAAACACUUUUAUAGAUGAGGAGGGAGGUCUAAGGCCGUGCCGUAGCUUCAUGGACUAGUAGUUCCUUGUUUGGUUCUGAUGGUGUGCUACUCCUUAGUUGUUCCACUUGAUGAUAAGCGUGCUGCAUAGAAGAAAUGCUGUCUCGUGUAGGUGUAGCGUCUGUUUUAGCGCAAGAAGAAAGAAUUAGUUUUCAUUUACUAUCGGUAUCGAUCCGUUGUCGAUCUUCCUUAUAAAUAUAUAAGUAUGAUCUGGUGUUAAGAUGAGUUUGGCUUCUUGCAUGAUGUGGUUCCCACUGGCGCACGACCUGCGGACUCACCUCCCGGCGGCAGAGGAGAGGUGGGAAAGAUAAAAAAGGCUCCAGAUGGAAGGCGAAGGCGUCUGAUCUGUUGUGUUCAUGAUUUGCUGUAGUAUCACUGUUUUCUGAUCGUUCAUUUUGUUCAUUCUAGUAAGUGGUAGCGGUACUUCUACCGUGUAUGUAGUAGAAGUACAAGGAACAUCAACUCAGGCAAAUCAAUCUAAGACUGUUGUAGUAGUAUUACUAGUCAGAGUAGUUCGUUUUUAACAACCGAUCCAGAACCAGUUGUAAAAGUCUUUUCAGAUUGAAGGGACGGGGUCCAGUAGCGAAAACACAGUAAAAAAUCUAUGAUUUUCAGCGGUUGAUUUUAUUAUUCGCGAAUGACCAUAACAGGGGCACGACACACAUGACAUUAUUUGCGAAGGCACAGUAAAGACAGCGUCGCCGAUUUGCACAGUUUAUUUGAUUGACGCGCACAAAAAAUGCGAUUGCAUAGCCCCAAGCGAAUGCACGACCAAAAACGCUAGCACGACAUAUGCAAGAUAUUACUAGGCAUUCGCGCAUGUUACAGAAGAUAUCUUUGCCACAUUUUCCUCACACAGUCUUUUUCUAACAUCCCAACCCAGCAACAGGUGGAUAAAGCAGGAGAUUUGCUACUGGCUUGAGUAAAAGGAGAAACCAAAUGGCAUGGGCACGCGUAGAUAUUACUAGAGGCCGUAAUCAGAAAAACCAGAGCUACACGUUCGAGUGGUUCGUGAUCUUCAAACCCAUUCUGAUUCUUCUACUUGCAAUGCUUCUUGUCAUAAGAUUUGCAUAUAUGGUGAUACACAGCGGUCAAUACCACUACUAGGUCUAGCAGUAGAACUUCACUACGCGCAUAUUUGAGUAGUAGAAGUUGUCACAAAGUCGAUAUUUACCAUACUUUGACUUUCGUCAUUUGAGUAUCAUUUUGAAAAGUAGCAAGAGAUGCAUAACGGAGAAACAAACAAUCGUCAAAAGAAGACUCUUCACGACAUUCUUAGCGUGCCAUGAAGGUAUAAUAGAUCCAGCAUCACCAUCAGCAUGCAAAAUACUUUUUAUCUGUAGGUAGACGCGUAUCGUUUCGAAUAAAUUAGAUAGCGGGGGCUCUGUUGAUGUAGGAUAGUGUCUGAUAGAAGUGCUUCACCAUAUUACUUACGAUGUCUAGACUGUUCCUAGAACUUGUUAGAAUUCUACAUCAUUCUUGUUAUUUUCGACGGUUCCUAUCACCUAGUGCCUCGACGAUGUUUAGAUAUUUAUGAGUUUCUCCUGGAAGUAAUACAAUUUGAAUUUAUUGCUUGAGGUAGUGUUCGCGGUAUAACAUUAGAUAGUAGAUAAGGUGAGUGUCAAUGAUUCAUUUUUCUAGGCUGGCAAGUGUUAAUCUCCACAAUCUUCAGCUGUCAAUAAUAGUAUAUGGUCCGUACACAUAGGCCAUAGGGGUAGAUACGGUGCAUGGGUAUCACAGAAAUUUCAAUUUAUAAGGUCAAGGCUCAUGGUCAGAAAAUCACAGGUGGGAGUUCUUGUAGAAUUAUUUCUACUCAACUAAAAGACCAGGACAAGAUGAUUGAAGAUGGUGCUAAUAUGCUCUGCCGCCCCUUGUACGGAAGUACGGCCCUUUUUUCCGAAGACGCACAUGGAACAUGCCCCUUCUAUCUGAAGAUUGGUGCCUGUCGGCACGGAGACCAGUGCAGUCGCCAUCAUGUGCGCCCAACAAGCAGUCAGACGCUGAUGCUGACUCAUUUGUAUUGAUGCUUCGUUCCAUGUUACAUUUUUUUAGAUGAGCUUUAUUUUAGAUGAACUUUUCCAUUUUCUUUUUCCACCCAGGCACACGCCUUGAUCUUGUUAUUUAUAGAUUCUCAUCUUGAUCUCCUUUUUUCAAACGAGAACAUGUCAUGAACUCGACCUCCUCUUAUUCUCUCAGAUAUCCAGUACCUGCAGCUUCUGUCCGCAUAGCAGCAGGCGAACUGUGGGACGAGGAGGUUUACGAUGCAGUUCAGAAGCACUUGGAGGAUUUCUACGACGAGGUUUUCCACGAACUAGCUACCUACGGAGAGAUAGAGGAUAUGAUUGUGGCCGACAACGUGUCCGAGCACAUGCUAGGAAACAUUUACGUCAAGUACUUCAUGGAGGAGGACGCAGAAAAAGCCUUGCAGAAACUCACUGGGCGAUAUUACUGUAUUUCUCAACUGGUUUGAUGCUUUCGCUGCAACAUUUCACAUGCGUGCAGUUCUGUGCUAGCAGCUCCAUGAUCACCUGAUUUUUGACUGAGCUUUGCAUAUUUCCAUAAGUAUAGUCUUCUUGAAGCAAGUUGAGAAGACGAAGAGGAACUUGGAUCAUGAAUAUGUUACGAUUAUGAAAAAUUUCUACUUCAGCUGGCCGUCUAAUAAGAGCAGAGUUUAGCCCUGUGACGGAUUUUAGGGAGGCGAGAUGCCGCGCUUUUCAUGAGGCGCGGUGUAAUCGAGGUGGAUACUGCAACUUUCUGCAUAUCAAGCAUAUACCUCGAGCAAAUAAGAGACGGUUAAUUCUGGAAAUGUACGAAGAUUUUCCACAUUAUGCGCAUAAAAAAGAGCGUCUCCAGAAAAAAAAACCAGUAGCCCCAGUUGCAUCAUCUACACCUUGCGAUGCGGGACCGGCCGCAGGUGCAUAUCCGCCAGGCCUCCCUUUUAUGGCAGGAGGCCACGGAGCGAUGAGUACAUUACUCUAGGCUCAUUCUUUCUCGACGAGAAGAUAAACAAAUAUAGAUAUACCAAAAUGAUUAAACCACGCGAUCAAGAUCAUCUCUUCCUCAGUCGUAAUUCCUCAGACAUUGUCAACAUCGAUUCCGUGAUCCUCCUCGUGCAAAUAUCCUGAGUUUUGAUGACGUUGACGUUGCACUUCUAGGUAUGUGGGAUCCCGCAAAUGCUUGGUGCACACCUGCAGACAUAUGGGGAUGGGGAGGUGGCGGAAAAGGUUGGAAUCCCGCUGCUGCAUAUUCGUAUGGUGGUAAAAGUGUCGGAGGCAAAAGUGGUAGUUACAAAGGAAGUCGAGGAGGAACGGGAGGUCCCUGGAUGGGUGCUGUAGGGUACUUGUAAACCAGUUGAAUAAGCCUACAUUUAUAUUCAUUGUCUCUUUCGUGAAUGUUUUCGUAGGACUACUAGGACAAUGACUGCGAUGAACGCUUGGAUUGCGGCCAAGUCCUUUCAUGACUCUUUUUACCUUUGAAAGAAAUCAUGUUCAUGACCUUUACUUAGUUUUAUCCAAGUGUAGUUCCUGUCUUCAGGUCUGGAGGAGCACCGCCCACCGGAGGCGGUAAGAACUACGGCAAGGGAGCGUCUUUUUGUGAGGGUGGUGGCGAUUUUCAGCCCGCACCGCCACUGAUGAUAAAGCGCGGGCGCGAUAGUGAUACGCCCGCAGCAGCGCAGACUGGUGACGAAAGCAACCCACCAUGGCCAAAAUUCGAUCCUCAGAUGCUCAAAAGGAUUAAGACAGAAGACGGCGGCGGGUCUGCUGCUUUAUCAGGAGCAGCAACUGGCGGUGGUGAAGAGUAGCUAUCUAGAAAAAUUUGGCGGAUGUUAAUUUUAGUUUUGAGCUUCGCACUUACAGUGAGUGUGAAUGUGAUAUCAUAUUUUUGCAGUAUAGAAGAGUCGCAGGAGGAUCAUGAAAGCAUGCGACUUGUUUUGGUUGCUCUCCUUUCAUAAUUACAAGUUGUUGUACCAGUGGAUACUAUCGAUAUCGUCGUUAUAAACAUCGAGUGUGUCAUAAAAAUUGAUGAUAAAAAGUAUCUCUGUCGAUACCAACCGCAACCGGAACCGCAGCAUGUUCUAGCCGACAUGAUGCGUGUUGUGUACAAAUUAUAUUUGAAUUUGAAAGUAAUUAUAGAAGUACAAAAUAUAAUGGCCAAGAAUAGAUUGCAUUACUUCUACAACUUCCGGGACUAUGCGCGAGCGCGGCCCGGUCGCCACACACAGCGCGUGACUGCGGUCGGGAUUUUGUCUCAUCAGGUGCAACCCUUAAGCCUAUAUGUAAAGGGGAGGGGCAACAAUCUCAAUUUUCUUUUCCAAUAGAAGCAGGGCGAAUGAGAAGUGCUAGAAGUGAGAGUCGUGAUAUUAUCAAAAAUUAAAUGGGGCUUGGUGAUCAGGCGGCGCUUUGUCUGAUACUGAAGAGUAGGUACAAAUAAAAUGCAAAAUACUGAUAAACAUGGAAUACAUGUUGGAUGAACAUCAAAUCUUGGGCGCAAGCAAGGACUCGAAUGGAUGGAAGGCCAUUCCGACUCAAGGCUUUUCUUGUAGUGCCUUGUUGUAACGACGCGACAAAAUCGUAGGUUGUGCACUAGUUGUCAAUGAAUACGAGGAACUACAUCUACAUGGAUAGACAACUCACGAACGCAGUAAUUCUACCUCUAGGUGGUAGAUGAUUAAGAUUAUGUAGCGUCUGAAAAGCGUUUACCCAGCCACAGUUCAAACGGUUUCGGCUUCGCGUUAGAAAUAAAAACAGGAACCACACCGAUCCUUAAAAGACGGCGUCGCUGUACUACAACUUGAUCGCAAAAGAUGUCGUCGCUAUUGAGACCUCGUCAAGAAAGAAGCGCGCCUGUAGUAGUACUCCUACACGUACGUAACGCGCGUAGAAGGAAAAAACGUAUACUUAUAUAUUUAUUAGUGUUCGUUCUUCGUUCUUCGUUCUUUCAGUUUUUUUGCGACCCGCACCCACGACGUCGCAUCAAUCAUGUCGAACAUUGAGCACGAAUAUCAUUGAUGAGUUUACAUAGUUGAGAAAUUUUCAGCACGACUAAACGACUACAUUUGCGUUUUCGGUCGGGCCUGGAGUGAGAAAGAAU